GCCGCCUCGGUCGCCUGUCAGUUUACCUGCCAAGUUGUCCUAAUAAUUUUAUUAUUAGGUCUGCGUCUAGCCCUUAAAGAUUUUUUGAUAAUUCAUUUGUGAGAAAUUUAAUCGUUCAUCAAAACAGGAUACCUCACAAACAAGUAUUUCUUAAUGUGUAGUCUGAUAGUUUGAAAUUCUUACAAAUCUAUUCCAAGACACUCAACAUGGCAAUUCCAACAAGAAUACUAGGCAGAAUUUUCGCUGACAGUUUUAAGGUUAGCCAAUCAGUUAGAUUCAACAGCUAUGAAUCUACUAGAUGGAAUUUGAAAUUAACCGCCAAUACUAAGGUUAUAUGUCAGGGAUUCACUGGAAAACAAGGUACUUUCCAUAGUAAACAAGCCAUUGAGUAUGGAACGAAAAUGGUAGGAGGUGUGUCUCCUGGCAAGGGUGGGAAAACUCAUUUGGAUCUUCCAGUUUUCAAUUCAGUUAAAGAGGCUCGUAAUGCUACUGGUGCUGAUGCGACUGUCAUUUAUGUGCCUCCUCCAGGUGCUGCUGCUGCUAUCAUUGAAGCCCUAGAAGCUGAAAUACCACUGAUAGUUUGCAUAACUGAGGGCAUCCCUCAGCAAGACAUGGUUAAAGUAAAACACAGGCUCCUCAGACAAAACAAAUCUCGAUUAAUUGGACCCAAUUGUCCUGGAAUAAUUGCUCCAGAGCAGUGUAAAAUAGGCAUAAUGCCUGGACAUAUCCAUCAAAAAGGAGUGGUGGGUGUUGUUUCAAGGUCAGGAACCCUGACCUAUGAGGCAGUCCAUCAAACUACACAAGUUGGUCUUGGACAGACCCUAUGUGUAGGUAUUGGCGGUGAUCCUUUUAACGGUACUGAUUUCAUCGACUGCUUAGAAGUAUUUUUGAAAGAUCCUGAAACCAAAGGUAUUAUUUUGAUUGGAGAAAUUGGGGGUGUGGCUGAAGAACAGGCAGCGGAUUAUCUGUCAAAACACAACAGUGGGCCUAAUGCUAAACCUGUUGUCUCAUUCAUUGCUGGAGUAUCGGCACCUCCUGGACGUCGAAUGGGCCAUGCUGGAGCUAUCAUUUCUGGUGGAAAGGGUGCAGCCAUAGACAAAAUCAAUGCCUUGGAGAAAGCUGGAGUGAUUGUGACAAGGUCCCCAGCGCAAAUGGGUAAUGAACUGUUGAAAGAAAUGCGGCGUUUGAACAUUGCUUGAGCAACCCUUCUCCUAUACAAUUUUUCUAUUUGUGUCUCUUCAUGUAUAAUAGUUGUACUAUAGCCAUUGUUUUGUCAUAUUGCAGUGUGUUUAUCAUUAAACCAAAAAGUACCAUGCAAUACCAAGAUUUGCGGCUAACUUUGUUGAAGACAUUUUUUGUGGAAUAUUUUUACUGAAGUUAUAUUUACAUGGGGUUCUGAGAGCAAUUCCAAUAUUUAUAUUAGUAAAUAUCUGUUAAGUUUGA